AUGAAUGAACAACAAGUAACUUCUAUGCAAUCCGAAUCUUCAAAUACGUCUACCACCAUCAGGGUGGAUGAAAAUGAAGGUGGUCUCUUGGACCCCACUCAUGAAGAAAUCGUAAAAGCCCAAACGCACAUCGAAGAAACCAAAAUUUCCUAUUUUCAAUUAUACUCUUUUGCCACCAAAAAAGAUUGGGUGAUUAUGAUCGUGGGCUUGGCAUUUUCGGGUGCCGCAGGUGCAACCAUGCCUCUGAUGACUGUUAUUUUUGGAAAGAUGAUCGAUUACUUUACCUAUUACCAAAUAGGGAUAAUCACCGCGGAUUAUUUCUCUGACAGAGUUAAUUAUUAUUCCCUCGUAUUCAUCUAUCUCGCCAUCGUCACUUUCUUCUCCACUUACUUUUACAUGGCUGCCUGGGUAUACACUGGUGAAAGGAUCACGCGACAAAUUCGCGAGCGUUACCUUCGCGCAAUCCUUCGUCAGAACAUCGCGUACUUCGAUAAACUCGGUGCCGGCGAAGUGACCACUCGCAUCACUUCCGAUACUCACUUGAUUCAGGAUGGUAUUAGUGAAAAGUUUUCUCUCGCUUUUCAAUAUGCUGCCCAAUUUAUUUCCGCCUUCAUAAUUGCGUUUACCACAAGUUGGAAGAUGACACUGGUAAUUUCUUGUGUCAUCCCAUUGAUCGCCAUCACCAGCGGAAUAAUGAACACACUCACUGCCGUCUUUAUGAAACGUAGUCUAGAUUUAUACUCUCUUGCCGGUACAAUUGCCGAAGAAGCUAUUAGCUCCGUUAGAACAGCGGUAGCAUUCGGCUCUCAAAAGAAAUUGUCCGGUCUCUAUGAAUCUCACCUGAAAAGCGCAAAGGUUGAAGGAAGAAAGAGGGCUAUUCUGAGUGGUACCACCUUGGGUGCUAUCUUUUUCAUCAUUUAUUGCACCUACUCUUUGGCAUUCUGGUUUGGCUCCAGACUGAUCAUCGAUAAAGAAUUGACGCCUGGUAAAGUUGUCAACGUGUUUUUCGCGGUAUUGAUCGGUGCGUUUUCGCUUGGAAACAUUGCUCCUGACUUGCAAGCCUUCGGCUUCGCCAGUGGGGCUGGAUCAAAGAUUUUCGAAACCAUCAAUCGCGUGCCGACAAUCGAUAUCGCCUCGGAAGAUGGUGAAAAACCGGAGGUUUUCAACGGUCACAUUCAACUUAAGGAUGUCUCCUUUAUCUACCCCGCUCGACCUGACCAGAAAACCUUGAACCAUGUUACCUUGGACAUUGAGCCCGGUACUACUGUUGCUCUCGUUGGUUCCUCUGGUUCAGGAAAGAGCACCAUCAUAUCACUAGUUCUUCGAUUUUAUGACACUGUCUCUGGCGAAGUUCUAAUUGAUGGUCGUGACAUUAAAUCCCUCAACCUUCGGUGGCUUCGAAGACAAUUUAGUCUUGUGAGUCAAGAACCGGUACUGUUCAACACCACAAUCGCAGAAAAUGUUGCCCACGGAUUGAUUGGCUCCAAAUACGAAAAUUUGCCUGAAGAGAAGAAACGUGAAAUGAUUGAGCAAGCGUGUAUUAUGGCCAACGCUCAUGGAUUCAUCAAGAAGCUUCCCGACCAAUAUGAGACGAUUGUCGGCGAACGUGGUUUUCUGCUAUCGGGUGGACAGAAGCAACGCAUUGCCAUUGCCCGUGCUGUCAUCAAAGAUCCAAAGGUCUUGCUGCUCGACGAAGCUACCAGUGCUCUUGACACGCGGAGCGAAGGCAUCGUGCAAGACGCCUUGGAUAAAGCGUCAAAGAACAGGACAACCAUAGUUAUAGCCCAUCGAUUGUCCACCAUUCGUAAUGCAACCAAAAUUGUCGUGAUGAAUCAAGGUGUCAUCGUUGAAAUCGGUACUCACGAUGAACUGAUGGCAAAGAAUGGUGCUUAUUCGAAACUUGUUGAGGCUCAACGAAUUCAACUUUUCAAGGAAGCCGAAAAAAAUCCCGAGGUACUGAAUUCCUCGAUGAUUCCACAGGAAGACGAGGAUGUGUUGUUGCCCUCUAGAAGUAAGGAGGAGGUCAUAAUACCCGAGGAAGAUUAUUUAAUCGACCGUGUCAUCACCAACAAAUCGGUUUCAUCGGCAAUUUUGUCUAGGCGACAGGCUGACAUCGAGGCAGGAACGAAAUACGAUUAUGAAUACACCACUUGGGAAUUAAUCAAGAAGGUCGCGAAAAUAAAUCGACCCGAGUUUCCGAUAAUGCUUGCUGGUUUAUUCGCCGCAAUUGUUUGUGGCUGCGUAUAUCCGGUGUUUGCCAUCAUCUUUGCGCACAUCAUUGAAUCUUUUUCUAAACCACCAGAUCAGUUGAGGCACGACGCUUCCUUCUGGGCUCUUAUGUUCAUCGUAAUUGCCGUGGUCACUUUGAUUUGCAAUUUCAUACAAGGCGCCGCCUUCGGGUUCUCCGGUGAAAAUCUAAUCCAACGAGUUCGGUCCAUGUCCUUUGCUUCUAUCUUGCGACAGGACAUUUCAUUCUUCGAUGAAGAGAAAAACAACGUUGGCACCUUGACCAGCUCUUUGUCGUUGGAUGCCACUCACGUGAAUGGUUUGGCCGGGACCACGUUGGGUACCCUUUUGCAAGUAUCCACCACGGUCAUUGCCGGUCUGAUCAUCGGUCUUAGCGUUGGAUGGAAACUCACAUUGGUUUGCAUGUGUUGUAUUCCGGUGUUGAUUGGCUCCGGUGCCCUUCGCAUGAAGAUGUUAAACGGGUUUCAGCAAAAGACCAAGAAAUCCUACGAGGAAUCCGCUCAAGUUGCCUGUGAGGGUGCUGCCAAUAUCAGAACCGUGGCUUCUCUUACUCGUGAGGAAGAUUUAUGGAAUAUCUAUCACCACAAACUCGAUGAGCCAAUGAAACAAGGAUUCAACAACGCCUUCCUUGCUUCAAUUGUUUUUGCUUUUGCACAAUGUGCCAUGUUUUUGACAAAUGCUCUGGCAUUUUGGUAUGGUAGCAAGCUAUUCAUGAGUGGCGAAUACGAUCUCCUAAAAAUGUUCGUUGUCUUCAUGGCAGUAAUCUUUGGUUCCAUAUCGGCCGGUCGUGUGUUCGCUUUUGCACCUGACAUGGUAAAAGCCAAGUCUGCUGCUGCAUCCAUCAUCUCCUUGAUCGAACGUACGCCAACAAUCGACACAUGGUCACAAUCCGGACAACGCCUUGAUGAAAUAGAAGGACUCAUUGAAUUUGAUGACGUCCACUUCCGUUAUCCCACUCGACCUCACGUUCCGGUUCUUCGGGGUCUGAAUAUUGAGAUUAAACCCGGUCAAUUUGCCGCGCUGGUUGGCCCAUCGGGAUGUGGCAAGAGUACCACCAUCGGCCUUAUCGAAAGAUUCUAUCAACUUACCGGUGGGAAGGUGACCAUUGAUGGCAUAGAUAUUUCAACCAUCAACAUUAACAACCUCCGUGAACACAUCGCCCUGGUCAGUCAAGAACCCUCACUGUACAAUAUGACCAUCCGCGAGAAUAUUUUGUUUGGUUGUCGACCAGAGCAAAAUCCUACGCAGGAAGAUAUAGAACGUGUAUGCCGUGAAUCUAAUAUUCACGAUUUCAUCACGGGAUUGGCGGAAGGAUAUGACACUCCGGUUGGUGGUAAAGGAACUCAACUUUCGGGUGGUCAAAAGCAGAGAAUCGCCAUUGCCCGUGCGUUGAUAAGAAACCCCAAGAUUUUAUUACUGGACGAGGCAACAUCCGCUUUGGAUUCGGAGUCUGAAAAGGUUGUCCAGGAAGCACUUGACAAAGCCGCAAUGGGUCGAACGACACUCGCCAUUGCACAUCGAUUAUCAACGAUUCAGAAUGCUGAUGUGAUUUUUGUUAUAAAGGACGGCAAAGUAGCAGAGAAAGGGACACAUCAAGAGUUGAUAGCACAAAAAGGAAUAUAUUGUACCAUGGUACAAGAACAACACUUGGGUGGUGAUUCAAGCUAA